AUGCCAAAUGGAAAACAAUAACAGACCACAUUAAGAAAGCUGUGGAAGUCUAUAAGCCAUGUGUAAAGGAGAAUUGCAGCUGCCACCAAAGUGUCUGGAAGCAGGACUUGGCUCCUUUUCGAGGUGGCAUUUCCAAGGAAAUAAUGUCAGAUGUGGUGAGCCGGAAGCUUGGGACACACUACCAAAUCAUUAAGAACAAACUGUACCGUGAGCAGGACUGCUUGUUCCCUGCAAGAUGCAGUGGAGUUGAGCACUUCCUUCUGGAGAUCAUCAGCCGCCUCCCUGACAUGGAAAUGGUCAUCAAUGUGCGAGACUACCCCCAAGUCCCCACGUGGAUGAAACCCAUUAUCCCAGUCUUCUCCUUCAGUAAGACACCUGAUUACAAUGAUAUCAUGUAUCCUGCCUGGACAUUUUGGGAAGGAGGACCAGCUGUUUGGCCAAUUUACCCAACAGGUUUAGGUCGCUGGGACCUCAUGAGAGAGGACCUCAGAAGAUCUGCAGAAAAAUGGCCAUGGAUGAAAAAAAUCUCUAAAGGAUAUUUCCGAGGAUCCAGAACAAGCCCUGAGAGAGAUCCCCUCAUUCUGCUGUCCCGAGAAAACCCAGAACUUGUUGAUGCUGAGUACACCAAAAACCAGGCUUGGAAAUCUGAAAAGGACACAUUAGGAAAGCCUCCUGCAAAGGAAAUUCCCCUGGUUGAUCACUGCAAAUACAAGUAUCUGUUUAAUUUCCGGGGAGUGGCUGCCAGUUUCCGGCUGAAGCACCUUUUCUUGUGUGGCUCACUUGUCUUUCAUGUUGGAGAAGAGUGGUUGGAAUUCUUCUACCCGCAGCUGAAGCCUUGGGUCCACUACAUCCCCGUCAGAUCAGACCUCUCUGAUGUCAGGGAGCUGUUGCAGUUUGUAAAGGAAAAUGAUGCCAUAGCACAAGAGAUUUCAGAGAGGGGACGCCAGUUCAUCACCGAGCACUUGCAGAUGGAGGAUGUCUCUUGCUACUGGGAGCAUCUGCUGUCUGAAUAUUCUCAAGCCUUGACUUACAAAGUGAAAAGGAAGAAGAGCUACAGUGAGAUUGCUCCUGAACGGCUGAAAACGGAGCUGUAGAGACUUCUCUGUUUCGUCUUUUUUUUCCCAGGCUUCUUCAGCUCAGAGUGAUCUCUCUGGAAGUCUGAAGAUCAGUGUAUCUUC